AUGGCUUCUAAAGGCUCAAUCGCUGCCAAAACACGUGAUUGGACAUUCUUCAUUGUGAUAGGAUCACUCUUCUUGGGAACGUUCUUGGUUGCGUUGGACACCACAAUUAUCGGCACUGCCACGCCUGCAAUCAGUAGUGCUUUUCAUGAUCUGGGUGACAUAGGAUGGUAUGGAAGUGGCUAUUUCCUUACUUUGACAGCUUUACAGCCCAGCUUUGGGAAGAUUUUCAUAAUUCUCGACGUCAAAUCUGUCUAUGUGUUCUGCAUUUUAGUGUUCGAAGCUGGUUCGAUUGUCUGUGCUACUGCUUCGUCUUCCGUCAUCUUUAUCAUAGGUCGCUCAAUCCAAGGAUGUGGUGCGGCAGGGAUUCUUCAAGGGGCAUUACUUAUCGUCACCAAGGCGGUAUCAUUGGAAAAGCGGCCGCUCUAUUUAGGCAUUGUGAUCAGUGCGUUCGCUCUUUGCGUGAAGAUCGGCCCCCUGCUGGGCGGGGUAUUUACAGAACAUGUCACCUGGCGGUGGUGUUUUUGGAUUAAUGUGCCCACUGGUGCUAUUGUCAUGAUCCUUAUCAUGGUUUUCCUGAAAUUGGAGAGAUCUAGUGAGAAAGUAUCAAGUUCUUCUACCUGGUACCAGAAGGUGAAAGAGCUUGAUCUCGUAGGCACGGUCUUGAUCAUUGCUUCGAUAUGCUGCCUGCUUCUCGCGUUGCAAAGGGGCGGCCAGACUGUUCCGUGGAACUCUCCUUCGACUGUCGGUCUCUUUGUGGGAUCCGGCCUGAUGUUCAUUCUCUUUAUGCUGAUUCAGUGGAAAGGUGGCGACCACGCAACUUUGCCAUUUUCAAUUCUUCUGCGACGAUCAAUCAUUUCCGGUGCAUUGUACCUAUUUGCAAUGGCAAUGCCAACUUAUGUGUAUUUUUACUAUAUACCUAUAUACUUCCAAUCCAUCAAAGGCUUCAGUCCACUAAGGAGUGGAAUCGAUUUCCUAGCCCUUGCAAUACCACAGAUUGGAUUUACCGUACUGUCGGGCUGGCUAGCGUCCAGAUUCGGGUAUUAUACUCCAUAUUUGAUCUGCGGAACUGCCAUUAGCGUCAUUGGAUCAGGCCUUUUUACCAUGCUGAACGUGGACACAAGACUGGGGACAUGGGUUGCUUACUUUCUUGUCAUUGCCUUUGGAACUGGAAUAUCGGCUAAUCACCCAUAUACUGCGGUGCAAGCUGUGUUAGAUGAAACCAGUGUACCCAUCGGAAAUGCAAUCAUGCAAUUCGCAUUCUUUUUGGGUGGUGCUCUCGGCUUGUGCAUUGCGGAAACAAUUUUCAUCAAUACCCUCAGGUCCGAAGUUACUCGAAAUAUACCCGAUGUGCCCGUUGACCAAGUCAUCUCUGCAGGUGCAUAUGGAUUGGCUACUCUCGCAUCAUACUCACCAGAGACCCUUCUUCUACUGAAAGAAGCUUACACGUAUGCAAUCCAAAGGGUGUUCCUCUUUGCGCUAGUGGCAGGGGCUCUGGCAUUCUUAUUUUCCCUGGGCUUUGAGCAUCGAAAUCUGAGGCAGGUGGCCAAAGAGCGAGAGCAGAUAAAUCUGUCCGCCAGUCAGGAUGAUUUGACCAAUCAAUAA